GAUGGCGGCGUUUUGCUCGUAGAAGAAGCUUCUGAAUGCCGGAGAGAUGCGGAAAGAGUCGUGUUUUUACAGUUUUUAAUCAUUUUGUAUUUAUUAUUUUAUAUAAAAAGUGUGAGCGCGCAGAGAUACAGUAGAGAAGCACUGGUUAAUGUGAGAAGAUGGACGGCGGAGGAUUUCUGAUGGAUACCAUGGACCAGACUCUGUCCGAGCUCGGAGAUGAGUUCACUCUGGGAGACAUCGACGAGAUGCUGCAGUUUGUCAGCAACAACUCAGAGUUUUCUGAUCUUUUUGAUGACCCCAUGCAAAGUGCACCAACGCAUCCGGUACAGUCGACCAACCCUGUAACCGUGACAAUCACCAGUUCUGCUCCUGCUGUGGUGGCCACACCCACCACAUAUGCACCUGUACAAAGCAUUGCAGUCAGCCAUCAGAGCCGAACAACCCCCCUACUGCAGCCCCGACCACGACCACCAACACACAUACAGGUUGCAGCCUCUUCAGUUCCUCUACAGACUCAGACCAUAGCGAGUUUUCCAGUGCAGGCACAGACGCUGCAGACACAAACUCAGACUGUGAUGAUUACUCCAAGUGCAACACAGCAAAGGUUCAUCCAGAAUCCUGUCAUAUGCCACCAAAACCCCAGUGCUGCCUUUCAGGUCCUUCAACCACAGGUCCAGCCAAUGGCAAUCCAGCACCAACGUGUACUGACUCCUGCAACUCAGACCAUUCAGACGAUCUCAGCUACGCCCACUACUGUUCACACUGUUACCCCUCAGUUGUUGGUGCACCAGCCCCAGAUUUUGAAGACGGACUCGCUAGUUUUGACGACGAUGCAAAAUCCGACCGGAAUCACAACACUUACUACACCGUUACAAACGGCUGUACAGGUUCCUACUCUGAUGGGGGGUAACAUCCUCACCACCGUUCCAGUCAUGAUGGGCGGCGGUGACAAGGUGCCGAUCAAGCAGCUCCCGGCAGCCCCCACCCAGUGUGCCAGCGUGCCCCGGGCGGGGCAGGAGCAGGGAACUGUGGUUGGCAUGGGAGUGGGUGGUGUGGUGAAGGAGGGAGAGCGGAGGACAACACACAACAUCAUCGAGAAACGUUAUCGCUCGUCUAUCAACGACAAAAUUCUGGAGCUGCGAGACCUCGUCAUGGGCAACGACACCAAGAUGCACAAGUCGGGUGUGUUGAGGAAGGCCAUCGAUUACAUCAAGUACCUGCAGCAGGUAAACCAGAAACUGAGGCAGGAGAACCUGACGCUGAAGAUGGCCAGCCAGAAACAGAAGUCGGUGUGUGUGGUGGACGAGGUGUCUAUUCUGACUCCUCCCCCAUCAGACUCGGGUUCCGCCUCUCCUCAGUUCAGCAUCGACUCAGAACCCAACAGCCCACUGCUCGAUCCGAUGAAGAGUGAACCGUCUUCUCCCCCCUCCUCGGUGGGCGUGAUGGAUCGAUCCAGGGUGCUGCUGUGUGCACUCACCUUCCUGUGUGUGUCCCUGAACCCUCUGCCCUCACUCAUUGGCUCGGACCAGUAUAGCACCUCCUCCUGGCCUGGAGGAGAAUCGUUCAUACGCUCACGAUCACUCGUCUGGCUGCCUGCACAAACGCAGAGCUUCGGUGCGUGGCUGUGGUGUGUGUUGCCGUGGGUGAUGGUGUGGGUGUUGAGUGGAGUGGGCGUGGUUUGGGGGUGUGUAAGGAUUCUGUAUCUAUGGGAACCGGUCACACCCCUUCACUCACCCACAUCAGUGAUGUUCUGGAGGCACCGGAAACAGGCUGACAUACAACUGCAGAGGGGGGCCUACAGCGCUGCAGUGGGCAGUUUAGAGACGUGUCUCUCGGUUUUAUCCCGGGCCCUUCCUUCCACGACCUUUGACCUCGCCUGUUCGCUCUCCUGGAAUCUGAUUCGCUACUGCCUGCAUAGACCCACCCCAUUGGGCUGGCUGGUGCGCCUGAUAGGUGGAAAACACGAGGGGGAGGAGUCUCAGAUCAGCUCCAGGGAUGCAGCGCUGGUUUAUCAUCAACUGGGCCAGUUACAGCUCACAGGUAAGCUGUCGGGCGCAGUGCCAUGUGGGAGUGUGUGUGAGUCUGAACGCAGUGAAUCUGAGCGAGAGUGCACGAGGAAAAUGGCUCCUACUGAGCACGCUCAGAUCUACAUCACCACCGCUAUCUCACUACGCAAAACUGUGUUGGGAAAACAACUGAGCUUUCUUCCUGCGUAUUUACUGAGCUGUGCAGAAAGUCUGUUCUCAGACUCGAAGCCUCCAGACUCCCUGCGCUGGAUCUUCAGCCCAUUGGCCAAACAGUUUUUUCUGAGCUGUGAUUGGUCAGUGAGGGCUGAGAACAGUGCAGGAGUGUUUUCAUCCGAAAGAGAACAAGUGGACCCUAUUGCCCAGCUCCAUCGUCGUUUCUGUGAGAAGCUGUUGGAGAGAGCCAUACACACACUGAUCCUGCCACACACUGACACUGAUAGUGUGAAACACAAGGACGAGAGCGGAGAGUUCAGUGGUGUGAUGGAGUUUCUGCAGCUGUUGAACAGCUGUACAGAUGACUCCGCCUCCCCCACUCCACCCUUCCCAGCACUGGCCAAUCAGAACUCAGCUUCAGUGUCAGAUCCUGUGUGUCGUUGGUGGUCGUUGGUCCUGAAGGCUGCUGUUCAUUGGCUGCAGCGAGAUGAUGCAACUGUGAGGUCACUACUGGCGGAGGCGGAGCGAAUGCCGAGAGCCCUGCAUUCUCUGGAUCACCCGUUGCCAAAGGCCGUGUUGGCGCUGUGUAAAGCGAUGCAGAUGAGUGUGUGUCCUCCGAAGGGAGAAGGAACACUGGGCUGUCUUACACACUGCAACAGAGCCAGUUCUUACCUGCACAACAGCAUCACACACACACCCACACACACCUGGCUGCACAAGGGAGCAGAGCUUCUGGUGUGUGACCUUCUGCUGACCUUAAGGACCAGCCUUUGGCAGCGUGGGGGUGGAGCUAAUGGGGAGCCGAGCCCCGCCCCUUCUCCUCAGCUGGCUGGAUUCCAGAGGGACCUGAGCUCUCUGCGUAAACUGGGGCAGGGAUACACACAGGCUCAGCACAAGGUGUUUCUCCAUGAAACGACAGUGAGGUUAAUGGCAGGUGCCAGUCCCACUCGCACACACCAACUGCUGGAGCACAGCCUGCGCCGGAGAACACACAGCUAUAAAGAUGGUGUGUGUGUUCCGGGAGAACGUGAACGUGCUCAUGCCAUCAUGCUGGUGUGUCGUCACCUGCCCCUGUCGCUGCACCGCACACACCUGCUGGCCCACGCCAAACACACACUGCAGAGAGUGGGAGACAUACACACACUGCACGCUAUCGCUGCCUCAUAAACACACACACACACACACACACACACACACACACACACGGGGAGGGAGGUGUAUAUAAGCUGUAUAGAUUAUUUUACAGACUUAAAUAAGGGGAAGUUAGUGAUGCUGUAGGGAACACAGGACAGACAGACAGGUGAGUGUGUGUGUACAGGACAGACAGGUGUGUGUGUACAGGACAGACAGACAGGUGAGUGUGUACAGAACAGACAGACAGGUGUGUGUACAGGUGAGACAGACAGUUGAGUGUGUACAGGACAGACAGACAGGUGAGUGUGUACAGGUCAGACAGACAGACAGGUGAGUGUGUACAGGUCAGACAGACAGACAGGUGAGUGUGUACAGGUGUGUAUGAUGCUUUCAUAUGAUAAUUAUAUUCCUUUAUUCUUCUCUCUGGUGUCUGUUGGUUUUUGUGUUUAUUGUAAUGUUACUUUUGUCAAUUAAAGUUACUGUAUGUAUCUGGA